AUGAUGCGAAAUUUCUUAUGGAAAGGAAGCAAGCAGUUGUUAUCAUCUCCUUUCUCUCUCCAAAAGCCUCCCUCUCUUUUGAAGGCAUCAUCCUCGGUGGGUUCAUUACUUUCAUUCUCUACCACUGCUCACUCUUCAGCAUUGUGCCAUCCAUUCCGAACUGAUAUAACUUCAUCCCGAAGAUUUCAUUCCUCUUCUUCAAGAUUGAAUCAAUCAGGAACGUCUGCUUUCCUCAAUGCUGAGACAACAUCCUUCCAAAAUUCAUCUUCCAAUUCAACGGAAGGCUCUCAUGAGAAGAAGGAGAGUAUAUUCCGUACCUUCAUUUCCGUCCUCAAGAAGCUUCUCAAAUGGGCUUUGAUUCUUGAAGUCUCUCUUGUCUCACUAAUUGUUCUUCUAUAUGGCUCACUGAAAGGUUUUCUCGUGGCCAUGGAUUUCAUUGACAUCAAUAAUCCUUCUUCUAGGUUUUAUAAUGAUUCUGAAUGGGCCAAAUCAUUAUUUGAAAUGAAACAGAAAUGUGAAGGAUUUCAUAGAUAUUUGAAUUGUUCCAAAACCAUUUACAUUAUUGCCUUAGAUUACUUUUGGUUGCUUAUUACAGAACCCUAUAAUCCACACUAUUGGUUUGUUGAGAAACCUGAUAAGAAUAGUGAAGAAUUUAUACAACAAAAGAAAGAGGCUCAUCGAAGAAAUGCUAAGCGUUUGUUAGACAUGUUCAUGGAGCAAAAGGGUGUUUAUAUCAAGCUUGGUCAAUUUUUGAGCUCGUUGGUUUCCAUGAUUCCAGACGAAUAUAUUGAAACAUUGGCAGUUUUGAGAGAUAAGGCUCCACAAAUUAGUUUUGAAGAUGUCAAGAUGGUCAUUCAUCAAGAUUUUGGAAAACCUUUAGAGGAGUUGUUUGAUGAAUUUGAAGAGAAGCCAAUUGCUGCAGCAAGUAUUGCACAAGUACAUCGAGCGCGAACAAAGGAUGGCCGAUUAGUUGCAGUGAAAGUACAAUAUCCAUACGUACGAGCUUACUUUAACGGUGAUAUGCGUACGAAUGAUGCAAUGUCAACACUCUCCAUCAAGCUGUAUUACAUGCAAGAGGAUGCUGAAAAUAUUGACACACUCGUUGAAUUGAAUGACAAAUUCAAUAGAGAAUUAGAAAAUGGUUUACUGUCAGAACUAAAUUUCAAACAUGAAGCAGAAAAUGCCAAAAAAGCCGCGGAACACAUGCAAUCUCGAUCUGAUGUCUACGUUCCAACUGUUUAUGACCAUCUCACAAGUGAAAGAGUGUUGACAAUGGAAUUUAUUGAAAAUGCUUGCAAUGCCAACAAUGUCACAAAAAUUAAGGAAAUGGGUUUUUCUGAUAUAGACAUUGCUGAGAGAAUUUUAUCAGUCUUCUCGGACCAAUUAUUUGUACAUGGAUUUUUACAUGCUGACCCUCAUAGCUCAAAUGUGUUUGUGCGUCGCUCACCAACCAAUCCAAAAGAGCCUCAAAUUGUGUUACUUGAUCAUGGAUUAUACAAGGAAUUCACAGAAGAGUUUCGACUUGGAUAUGCCAAAUUUGUUAAAAGUGUUGUCAUGAACGACGAGCAAGGAAUGAAAGCGUAUUGUGAUUCGUUAGGUGUGACCGAUUACAAAUUAUAUGCAAGUCUAUUGAUGAUGCAAUCCUAUGAUUCAUUAGAUGAAGGCGAAAAAUUUGAUGUGGAUAACUGGGCUGAAUAUGAAAAGAUUUUACAGGAACAAAAGGACGAAAUUAUCAACAUUUACAAGAGCAUGCCAGCAGACAUGUUAUUUGUUGGUAGAGCUGACAAUAUUUUAAGAGGUUUGAAUAAGGAUUUGGGCGCUAAGGCGAAUCGAUUUACAAUCAUGGCUCGUUCUGCAGCUAAAGGUGCUUCCUUAUUGAAAUCAAAUCAUGGUACUGUUGCAUCGGAGAGAAUAGGAAUUUUAGCAACUGUUAACGAAUGGAGAAUGCGCAUGUAUUUUGAAAUGAGAUUGUUUUAUCUUUCAUUACAAGCUUGGAUCAUGUCUUUGUAUGUGAAAUUGUUUGGAAUGACACCUCAAAUGAUGCAAUUACAAAAGGAACAUGAAAAAGCAGAGCUUAUUGAAGCUGAGGUUGAUUUAUUGGAGGCUCCUAAACAUCUGGUGGCAGAUUUUAAAUAG